GGAGUAGCCAGCCCGGAGUCCAGGUGUCGGCACGGGGCUGGGCCAGCAGGUGCUUGCUGCACACAGCGGCACGAGCCGCCAGCCUGGCCUUGAACGUCAGCGUGCAAGGGGGGCGGGGGGAGCCCAGUGCGGUUCCCAGGCUCAGUUGCUCAGGCGGCGGGAGCUGCGGCAGAAUCCUUGGAAGUCGGGCCCUCAAACCCCUCCUCCCUGCCUCUCUCUCUGCUUCCUGCCGUGCAAAGAUGGCAACCGAGGGGCUGCACGAGAACGAGACCCUGGCGUCCCUGAAGAGCGAGGCGGAGAGCCUGAAGGGCCGGCUGGAGGAGGAGCGGGCUAAGCUGCACGAUGUGGAGCUUCAUCAGGUGGCGGAACGUGUGGAAGCCCUAGGUCAGUUUGUGAUGAAGACCAGGAGAACUCUGAAAGGCCAUGGUAAUAAAGUCCUCUGCAUGGACUGGUGCAAAGAUAAAAGACGAAUUGUGAGCUCUUCCCAGGAUGGGAAGGUGAUCGUGUGGGAUUCCUUCACUACCAACAAGGAACAUGCAGUGACUAUGCCAUGUACCUGGGUGAUGGCAUGUGCAUAUGCCCCAUCUGGAUGUGCCAUUGCUUGUGGUGGCCUGGAUAAUAAGUGUUCUGUGUAUCCACUGACAUUUGAUAAAAAUGAAAAUAUGGCUGCAAAAAAGAAAUCUGUUGCAAUGCACACAAACUACCUGUCUGCCUGCAGCUUCACUAAUUCAGACAUGCAGAUCCUGACCGCUAGUGGAGAUGGAACUUGUGCCCUCUGGGAUGUUGAGAGUGGGCAGCUUCUGCAGAGUUUUCAUGGGCAUGGGGCUGAUGUCCUGUGCCUGGAUCUGGCCCCUUCUGAAACAGGAAAUACAUUUGUGUCCGGGGGAUGUGACAAGAAAGCAAUGGUUUGGGACAUGAGAUCUGGACAGUGUAUCCAGUCAUUUGAGACUCACGAAUCAGAUAUCAAUAGCGUUAGAUACUACCCAAGUGGGGAUGCUUUUGCCUCUGGCUCUGAUGAUGCCACAUGUCGUUUAUAUGACCUUCGUGCAGAUAGAGAAGUAGCAAUUUAUUCCAAAGAGAGCAUCAUUUUUGGAGCUUCUAGCGUGGAUUUCUCUCUCAGUGGUCGCCUACUAUUUGGUGGUUACAAUGAUUACACCAUAAACGUAUGGGAUGUUCUGAAAGGGUCUCGUGUAUCCAUUCUGUUUGGUCAUGAAAACCGAGUUAGCACCUUACGAGUUUCACCUGAUGGAACUGCAUUCUGCUCAGGAUCAUGGGAUCACACUCUACGAAUCUGGGCGUAAGCUGCAAUGCUGUUUUCAAAUACAAAUGAAGAUUGAAACCUUGGGCUACAAAAAAAAAAGAAGGAAAUUUCAAUCUGCAAAUGUGAAAUGUCCUUUAGAAAGAUGUAGCAUUUCUAUUGUAGUUUCUAUGACUUAUUGAUGAGUGGCAAAUCAAAAUAAAACAAACACAAAAAACAAGCUAGGACAACUUGUUAGCCAGGAAUAAAUUCAGUAUAUUAGCUACACUAUCAAAUGUUACUGAAAACACAGAUAAACACAACAAGAUAGUAAAAGUAAUCUGCUUUUAACACAUAGCAAACAUCAACUUAUAAUAAAAUAAAAUGUUUUUAAUUCUGUUUUUGAGACUACCUUCUUUUAUUAGAGAUAGUUUAGAUCAUUCUAAAACCAGACUUGUCCCUGAAAUCAUCUGUAUAAUAGAAUUUUGUAGUCCAGUGCACAUUAUGUAUUCAUUAUUUGCAAGAAUUGACUUUUGUAAAGUAAA